AUGGGGUGUUGGUGGCAGCUCCUGCUGGGGCUGUGGGCAGUAACCCCCACGUGGGCUGGGCGCGAGCUGCUCAACAUCUGCAUGAACGCCAAGCCCCACAAGCCAGAGCCCAGCCCGGAGGCCAAGCUCUACGAGGAGUGCAUCCCCUGGAAGGACAGCGCCUGCUGCACGGCCAACACGAGCUGGGAAGCCCACCUGGAUGUGUCCCUGCUCUACAACUUCAGCUUGGUUCACUGCGGAUUGAUGAUGCCGGACUGUCAGAAGCACUUCCUGCAGGCCAUCUGCUUCUACGAGUGCUCCCCCAACCUGGGGCCUUGGAUCCAGCGGGUGGGAAGAAGUGGGCGGGGGUGGGAACUGGACCCGCGUGGGCAGGCAGAGCGGAUUCUCGACGCACCCCUGUGCCGGGAGGACUGUGAACAGUGGUGGGCUGACUGCCGCACUUCCUACACCUGCAAAUCCAACUGGCACGGCGGCUGGACCUGGCGUCGGGGGAAGCCCCGCUGCCCUGCCAGGGCCCUCUGUCACCCUUUCCUGCAUUACUUCCCCACCCCGGCUGACCUAUGUGAGAAGAUCUGGAGCAACUCCUUCAAGGCAAGCCCGGAGCAUAGGACCAGCGGGCGGUGUCUGCAGAAGUGGUUCAAGCCUGCCGGGGGCAACCCCAACGUGGCGGUGGCCCGCCUCUUCGCCAGCCCUGCCCCGUCCUGGGAGCUCCCUGACACGCUCCUGGCUUUCUCUCUGUUCCUGCUGCUCUCCUGA